AUGAGGGAAGUCAACUUCAGCAUCCCGAACGUCAAUAAGGCGUCGGUGGGCAUCACCACCGCCCUGUACGACAGACGAGCCCUCGAUUGUACAUCCACGUUACCUUUGAUCAAUUCUUUGAACCACCUCGCAUACCUCACGACGUCCUCUGCUCGCAUCCGGGACAUCCUCACCGUCGACGGAGGCAUCGAGCGCCUAAUAUGUAUCCUGAAGCAGGGCAGGAGUAAGGACAUGAUGGACAUGUGGAAGUGGAACUUGGCUUUUCAAUGUGUCGUCAACAUAGGAGUUAGAGGCACCGAAGCCGUCCGCACCAGGGUCGUCGAGGCCGACAUGGUCCCCGUCAUCGCCACAAUCCUCGACAAUUAUAUCAAGGUCACAGAGAAAUUAAGAGAAAAAGAAGAAAAGAAAAAGCGGUUGCAGGAUCACCCGAGCCGAUCCAGGCAUGACCACAGCGGAGUCUCCAAGUCUGGCAGCUUUUCCAACCGGUCAGGGCGCCUAGACGUGGACCACAGAGCUUUCCGACGACAGGCACCUCCUCCCAGUAUCGACAUUACCUCAGUAUCCUUCUCUGCAGGCGGCGGCCCAUCAGCCCCAGCUGAGCAACCGCAAGCCGACAUCACACCCACCAUCUCACAAUAUCCCGUCACAACUCCUCCGGAGCGGCCCCCAUUCCACACUCACCGUCAUCACCAUCAUCACAACAGGACGCAAGAUCCGCGGCAACACGCCACCAAUGCAUCUCGCCAACCCCUCCAGCCACUUGCCUCGACGAUGACCAAUGCGGAUAACGAUACCUUUAUCCGACCGGUUCGUGAUGUUGAUCGGCUAGCCUCAAUGAUGCCGUUUGGUCUUCACUCUUUGUCUUCACAACCGACCUCGCCAACAACUCCUCUUCCGCCGCCUCAAAUGAGGUCCCCCACCGUUCGUCCUGCUUCGGGCCUGGCACAAGCAUCGAGGUCUCGUCGCCGUCCAUCCAUACGCCACCAGAACUCUACUGCUGAUUCGGACGAUCUCAAUGGCGACAGCAUGCAAUCGGAUGACUCACCCGACGCCGAAAUGUCAGGAACUGCUGACAUACAGGAAGUCGGUAUUCAAGAUAUCAGCAUGGAGGGUGAAGACAGCAUACUCGCCGAAACCUCAAUCGAUCUCACGCCACCCAAUGGAUCAGAUAAUCAGCAAGAUGGGACUUUCAACAUCACACAUCGGACCCCAAUGGAUGGGAGUAUACUGAACACCACUACCACCCCCACUCCUGGGCCAACACUUGGCUUGUCUCCGAACAGGCCUACAAUGGUCAGCCCUCCACAGCCAACAAUGCCAACCGCCAGCGUCCCGCACUAUCUUCUCGGCCGUCAAAUGAACCCGAAUCCGCAAAUGAUGGCCGCCAUGCCUCGGGAGGAGGAUGUGCUCAUGUCUCUACAGCUCCUUGCCUACGUUUCUAAAUACUGCAACCUCCGAACUUACUUCCAGAAGAGCCAUCUGGUGCCGCGGUUGAAGAUUGGAAAGGAAAUCACAGCUGUGGAGAAUGAUGACCUGCCGAUGGAAUUGUCCGAUGACGAAGAAGAGUUUGAGGAGGAAUACCUUCUGCCCAACGACCUGAACAUUUUCCCGUUGGUUGAAAAGUUCACGGUCCGCUACCACAGUACAGACAUGCAGUACUGGGCCGGGGUCGUUAUGAGGAACCUUUGCCGGAAAGACGACACUCGGGGCGGUAUCCGCCAAUGCGCUUAUUAUCAAUGCGGGAAAUGGGAAGAAUAUACCCGUCAGUUUGCCAAAUGUCGGCGAUGCCGGCGAACAAAGUACUGCAGCAAGGAGUGUCAAAAGAGCGCAUGGGCUUUCCACCGUCACUGGUGUGUCGCUGCGACACAAUGA